UGCCAAGUGCCAAAAUACACAAGUUGGAUUUUGACACCACCUUCAGAUCCUAUGCAUCUCCCAUCUACUUUGUCUCAUUGUACAAUAAUUUUCUGAUCAUGAUUGAGCUACCAUUACAAUUAAUUCUUUCCCAGACGACACUUAAUUAUUUUUCCCAUAAUUUAUGAACUGCUUUAAAUCUUAACUUCAGCACUUUCAGAUUUAUUUCUCAUCAAUACCAUGAAACAUUCUCUCUUCUUUCACACAUCCUUCAUUUUCUUAAUAUCAUGUUAUCUAACUACCAACUUCCAUGUUUCUGCCAAUCAUACAUCACCUGCAAUUCUUGCAAGAUCUUCGAAUCUUCGCGUAGUCCAAGAUGAUGGCUGCUCUGGUCUCCAGAACUACACUGACUAUGAGUCCAAGUGUGUGUACAUAAGAUCAAACAAAUCAUGCAAGCCAAAAGGUUACAUAAACAGCCUUGAAAUCUUCUACUGCAGCUGUGGGAAGUUCCCAAUAUUGGGUUAUUUUAUUCUUCUGCUCUGGCUUGUUUUGUUGUUUUAUCUGCUGGCUAAUACAGCUUCAGAGUACUUCUGUCCUGUGGUUGAAAGUCUGUCAAAAAUCCUUAAUCUUUCUCCAACUAUAGCUGGUACUACUCUGCUUCCUCUGGGAAAUGGUGCUCCUGAUGUUAUUGCUAGUAUUGUCUCUUUUACGCGAUCCGGUGAUGGUGAUGUUGGCCUCAACAGUGUCUUGGGUGGGGCUUUUGUCAUCUCCAGUAUUGUGGUUGGAGUUAUAAGCAUACUAAUUAAGCCUAAUCAAAUUAUUGUUGAUAAGCCCAGCUUUAUAAGAGAUGUAUUAUUUUUACUCUUCUCUCUUAUUUCUCUCAUAGUGAUUAUAGUUGUUGGAAGAAUCAAUUUAUGGGUUGCAAUAUGUUUUGCUUCGAUAUAUGUUGUGUACAUAUCUGUGGUCUGUACCAUGCAUUUCUCCAGCAGUGAGCAAGAAAAUUUCGCAGUUGACAGGAAUGAUCUCAGUGAGAUCAGAAUACCUCUGUUAGGUUAUGUCGACGAGGAAAAAUGCAACUUGGCUCCAAAAAAUGGAUUAGAAGAUUCAGAUGAGAAACAAAUGUCAAGGUGGUGCUGCAAACAAGAAUCUUUAUGCCACUACUUAAGGCUAUUUCUUUAUGUUGUGGAUUUGCCCCUGCAAUUGCCAAGAAGACUUACCAUACCCAUGGUUGGUGAAGAAAGAUGGUCCAAGCCCUUUGCUGUUUUAUCAGUCAUCUUUGCUCCAAUUCUCUUGGCAGCCCUUUGGAAUAGCCAACGCGAAGAUAUGAAUUCCAAAGCUAAACUAGCUAUUUAUGUAUCAUCUUUUGUAGUUGGGAUGGUUUUGGGUAACAUUGCAUUUGUGACUACCAAAACAUCGAGGCCUCCAAAAAAUUGUCUGCUACCCUGGCUUGCAGGUAGAUUUGUGAUGAGCAUAACUUGGACUUAUAUUAUUGCCGAAGAGCUGGUGUCAUUAUUGGUUUCACUGGGGAACAUAAUGGGCAUAAGCCCUUCAAUUCUUGGAGUCACUGUCCUAGCUUGGGGGAACUCAGUCGGAGACUUGAUAGCCAAUGUUGCCAUGGCACUACAUGGCGGUCCAGAUGGGGCUCAAAUUGCGAUCUCAGGUUGUUAUGCUGGACCAGUUUUCAAUACAUUGGUUGGCCUAGGGAUGUCACUUGUAUUUGCUUCCUGGUCCGAAUUUCCAAAAUCUUACAUAAUUCCUGUAGAUUCUUCUUUAUACGAAACCAUUGGGUUCUUGAUGUGUGGCUUACUUUGGGCACUUGUAGUACUCCCAAGGAAUGAUAUGAGGCCAGAUCGUAUUCUCGGAGGUGGCCUUCUGGCCAUAUACUUCUGCUUCAUGUUCUUAAAAGUUGCAGGAGGUCUCGGAUUACUGAAGCCUAAUAGCCCUUAGACUACUCUUACGAAAAAAAUAAGCCCUUUUUUUUUCCUUUUCUGUAAAUAAGUUGUAAACUCAAUUGUCGUAUCAAUCCUGAUACGACAAUUGAUAGUGUGGCGUAAUUUGUUUUUUGAUAUAGUCGUCAACAAACUCUACAGAAGAGUGGGCAGAUCACAGAAAUUUAAUGACAUUCAUGUCAUAAUUAACAAUCCGAGAUAAAAGACAUGUGUGAGUUCCUGUUGUGAUGUCUUGACGUAACAAAGGACACUUGUAGUUGGCAAGGCAUCAUUUUCAUUCCUACAAGAAGUUGGCCGGCAAUAUUAGCCGUCUAGGUAUUAUCUGUUCUGUGGCCAGUCCAAUUCAAGAAGCGUGGUCCAUCAACGUCUGUGGCUGCAACUGCAGCUAGACGACUAUUAUUGUACUCGGAUGGUUUAGAAACGUGAAACUCUUCGUCUCGUCCACAAUCAUAGGCCUCGUGAACCAUAGAUUCCAAACAAUUGUUUACGUAUCAUAAUUAAGUUUUGAUUUCAUGUUUA